CUCGGGGUGUGUACUAUAGCAUACAUUUUCUGACUCAAAAUUGACACGCUUUUCUAUUAAUUAGGCACAGCACACAAUUGCUGCUCUGUGUGGUAAGGAACGAAAUGAAAAUUACAAUUUCGGUACGUGUCACGUGAAAAAAGUGGCUUUGGAAGGCUUGCUUCACAACUAUAUUUCGAUUGAUUUAGCGAGAGUUGAGCAUAAGGGACAUGGUGAGUGAAAAUUGUAUCCCUGAAAGGAGCUUCGGUUGGAUCUGUUUGGCUCUUGUUACGUUUCUUCUACUUUUGCCGAAUUCGUUUGCUCAGGAUGAGGACAUACCGCAUAAUGACGUGAAAAACUGGGCCUUGAAAUUUGGUGUAGAUUUAUGGCAUAUUGGAAAGUCCUGUACCAGGAUGAACGAAUUGCAAAGAAAAUAUCACGAUGUUAACAUUAAUGUAGCUAGGAAAGAUGGACUGCUUUUAAUUAGGGAAAUGGCGGCAGAAGUUAAAAAUAUGAUGGAUUUCAAAAUGAGCGCUGUUAUGCGAAUCAUGGAUUCAGCCGAACAAGCAGCAUUAACACCACAGUCCGAUAAUGGACAACCGUUCAAAUACUAUAAUGCUCAAAGAUUGAACGUAUUUGCGCCAGAUGGACGUCCAGCUGAUGGUACAAGAGAGAUGCUUCUAACACCAAAUCCACAUUUCGACCAUUUACCAGUCAAUACAAGUCUCAGCACAAUACUACUACCUCCAGGGAUCAACGAAGAAGACUCUGAAGUGCACAAUGCAAUACAGUGGUCCGAACAUUUAGAUCCUUUAUUUGUUAAUAAUUAUGAAGGAGAUCCGUCUCUUUCUUGGCAAUUUUUCGGCAGCUCAACUGGUUUUUUACGUCGAUAUCCAGGAAUAGCCUGGCCUCCAGAAGACAUAUCCACAAUUUGGGAACGACCAAGAAAUGAAAGAAAUAUAUAUGAUUUUCGUUCUUCCGCCUGGUAUAUUAACGCAGCUACCUCUCCUAAGGACAUAGUGAUUCUGGUGGACAACUCGGCUUCAAUGAAGAAGGAAAAGAUUAACCUUGCCAUAUUGACGGUUGAAUCCAUUCUGGAUACACUUUCUGAUAAUGAUUUUGUCAAUGUCUAUAAAUUUUCAACGACAACAGAAGAAAGUGUACCUUGUACCAGGGAUGUUCUUGUUCAGGCCAAUUUUGAAAACCUAAAAAUGCUCAAAGACUCACUGGGUUCCUUUGAAUCCGAAAAUGUGGCCAAUUUUACGUCAGCACUUAUAACAGGAUUCGAAAUACUUCACAAGUACAAUAGAACUGGACAAGGCUCUCAAUGCAAUCAGGCAAUAAUGUUGAUAACAAAUGGUCCACCAUCUAGUUAUAAGGAAAUUUUCAAGCAAUACAAUUUUCCGCACAGGCCAGUCAGGGUUUUCACGUAUCUCAUAGGAAAAGAUGCUAGUAAUGCUGAUGAGAUGCACUGGAUGGCUUGCUCAAACAAAGGUUAUUACACGAGAAUAAAGAGUGCCAACGAGAUAAAAAGAAAAGUUCUUCAUUACACAGAGGUUAUGGCACGACCAAUGGUCAUGUACCAAAACGAUCAUCCCAUUCAGUGGACAGCAGCUUAUGUUGGUGGCAAGGCUGAUAGUUUCGAUCGUACAAAGCAAGGACAGCUAAUGACAACAGUCACCACACCUGUGUUUGAUCGCCGAAACCACACUGUACGUGUGGCCAAUGUUCUGGGAGUUGUUGGUACAGAUGUGUCCAUAGAUCACAUCAAGAAACUCAUACCAGCUUACAAACUCGGUGUGAAUGGUUAUUCAUUUAUGGUAAACAACAAUGGACAUGUCCUGUAUCACCCAGAUUUGAGACCUCUGCUCAACAAUGAUCUGUAUCAAGAUACGCUCAAACCUCAGUAUGUUUCUGUUGAUUUGACAGAAGUCGAAUUGGUAGAAAAUGAGAGUGGUCCACGUGAAAAUCAUUCUGUUCUGCUAGAUUUGAGACAUGAUAUGAUUGAGCAAAAAGAAGGUGAAACGGAAAUUGGGGUGAAAGUACACUAUGACAAUAUGAGACGUGUUGCAACACGAAGAUACAAAUAUUUUCAUAAGCCCAUAGAGGGUACACCAUAUUCGCUGGGCUUAGCCAUACCAGAAGGGUAUGGUAUGAUGGAGUUACUAGCAGAACAGGAGAUCAAGCACAGCCAAAAAAAUGUCACUGACUUUUUCAAAGGCAACAAUUGGCGAGUGCAUCCAGAUUGGGUAUAUUGCGAAUAUACUAACGGCGAAUCUGGAGAACAACGGUUCAGAACUGCUGAAGAUAGAGUGCUUCAUUUUCUUUCCCGAAGUAGAAGACCUGGAUGGAAAUGGAUGUCUGUAAGACCUAGGUCGCCUUUGCAGAGGGAGCAUCAUUACACCUUAACGAAACAUGAUAGGGAUGCAUAUUUUUGUGAUAAAACUCUUUUGCAAUCACUUGUUUUGGACGCUAAAGUAACAGAGGAAAUAAUGCAAAAAAGAAAUUCGCAUUCAAGAGAAACUGAUAACCAUCCUAUUGGCAACCUUUUCCAAAGUUACUUAGAAAGUGGUGGCUACAAAAUUUUUGGAUUGACUCUCUCCUUUGUGGCAACCCGUAGUGGACUUCUGAGAUGGACAGAUCAUGAUGGAAAACCAGAAUUCAAUACAGAACCGCAUUUCAGCGAAAAUAACGUACGGGCAAUGGACGAAACUUGGUAUAAAAGAGCAGUGGACCAACAUUCGAUAGAACCAGAAAGUUUCGUCUAUUCAGUACCAUUCGACGUAGGUACCUCAGGAACACCUAUGAUAACAGCAACGCAUGCUGUAUUUGUCGAACAUAAAGGACAUAAAGCACCAGCUGCUGUUGUUGGGGUCCAGUAUCUCCAUUCCACACUAGCCAAACAUUUCAUCAAUAUCACAUCAACGUGUUCAGGGUCUUCUUGCAAUAAAACAUGCACCAGCGACAAGUUGGACUGCUACAUUCUAGACAAUAAUGGGUUCAUAAUUAUAUCAGAGAAUCCGGAGCAUACUGGGAGAUUUUUUGGUCAAAUAGAUGGAACCAUCAUGGAUUCUCUGGUACAAGACAGGAUUUAUAAAAAACUACCAGUUUAUGACUAUCAAGGAGUUUGCUCGAACAGCAGAGGAUUUUUCAGCGCUGAUUCUUCGACUAUAAAGCCUUUCAAAUCCUUUGGCAUCGUGUACAACUUGAUCCUGAAGGUUGUGUUAUGUUUCUUCCUCCACCUUGAAAAAGCUUAUGGUGCUGCGCUUUCCUACUCUGAAGAUGGUGUUCCGAUUUCCUCUCCAGAUCUGAUGGACAUUUAUUCGGAAUACGAUUAUCCCACAGGUGAGGAUGGAAUGGAGGACCAUGUACCAAUUGCGGCACCUCCACCAGCCUCUAACCCUGCCUCUUUCACCCCUCCGUUCGAGUCUGAUCCUUUGGAUGGUGUUGAAAUGGAACAAUUUGGAAUUAGACCUUGCGACAAGAAAGUCGAUCUCUACAUAUUGCAGCCUGAGAGGUUGAGUUUCAGUGGGCAAAGCAGUCCUCUCAAGGGUAAAUUGACGAAUUGUCACGUGACUGGAUGUGAAAGGCCUUUCAGUGUACAGAAGAUACCACACAGUAAUCUGAUUCUGUUAGUGGUCGAUACCACGUGUCCAUGUGGUAGUAAGCAACUUAGCAUACUACCACAAGAAGUUAUGUACGAUGCUUCUAAUGGAGGAUGUGUGCACAAACAUAGGGACAGUUUGCCAAGAAGAAGGCCCACCAAGUGCAUCAACUAUCAUCCUGAGGAAAUAGAGAUACAUAUCUGUGGAUCAGCGUCAUCUACAUAUGCGUCGCAGGUCUUCCUUUUAAUGGUCUUCUUUUCAAGGAAAAUAUUGCUGACCUCUUUAAUGUCGUGAUUUGAUAGAAGAGGGAUUUGGUGUAUAUAAAUUCGUUAAUGAGUUUAAAACUACUAUCACUAACACAAUAACUUAUUCAUGAAAUUCUAUAACAGUUGCUCAUAUCAUUUUUUAUAAACAAGCUCAAGUACAUACAAGCUAAUCAGAUUUUGCUUCGGAGAUUUUAGAUUCUAGAAGAUAUUUGAUGUAGUUGUAAAUAUCUCAAUUAUCAUAGGAUGAAUUUUAAUUUGACAUUGCGAAUUGUAAAAAAAAAAGAUAUGACAAUAAUAGUAAUUUGAUUAUUUCGAAUUAUAAAGAUCACAACAUAGCUGCUGUUAUUUUUGCGUGCUUGAAAUUUGGAUGUUUUUCUGUAUAUACAUUUGAAAAAAAAAUGGAUAAUUCGCGAGAUUAAAUUCAAAUAGACGAGUAAUAAUCACAUUUAAACAUAUCUCAAACGCCAUAUCACCAACAAGGAAUUUUUUAUAAUGAUUUUCAGGAAUAACGGAACAUUAAAUCCAUUUGGAUAUUUUUCAAUGAUCUCACUUUUUUCAAUAGCUGAAUAUUUCGUGGAAGAUUGAGCGUAUUUAGAUUUGAACUAGGGGAACUUUUUUAUGAUUCGAAUACAAGCGUGAAGGUUGGAUUUUUUUUUUUGAAACCCGGAAAUCUUCAUGCCUAGUUACAUCGAGAUGCAUGAUAUUAGAGUUUUCAGUUUAUUUGCAUUGAUUGAAUGGAAUAUUUGACAUGUAAAUAUAUUUUUGUACCUAGGAAAUAUGUAUUUAUAUCACACAUUUUUCAUCGAAUCGAAUAUUUCCAGGACAACUUGGAAAAAAUAAUCCAGAAGUUUUGAAGAUAAUUCUUUUUUACAUAUGAAACUUUUUACACAGAUAUAAUAAAUUUAUAGCACGUUUUUUAUGGAAUCCAAAAGAUGGAAAUGAUUGGAAUGUAUGAAAAUAGAAUGCUAACGUAUUUUCAGCUUACUUUUCGAUGGAUUUCCGACAAAUUGUUUUUUAAACACUUUGGACGAUUAGAAAUUUUGAUUUGGUGACUAAAAUACUCCUGGAUUAGCAGCAGUUGAAAAUGUAUAACAUAGAAGAUAUUUUGAUUAAAAAAUAUAUCGAAAUCUCUAUUCAUAUACCUAGGUAUAGUUUAAUGAAUCCAAAUUCAUUUGCUUAGAAGAAUUUUUAGCACGUUUGUUAAAUUUUAUCAUAGUUGAUUUUGAUUUUUAUGAUUGUUACUCAUUGUUUAUACAUACACGUUGAUCUAGAAUAAGUUUAUUUAGAGAAUUUCUUGUAAAUAUAAAUUACUCUAGUAGUUAUGCAUACAGGAUGUUCCAGCCAAAACUCCAUAUGUAGACCGUGACUAUAGAUGAAUAAUCCAAUUGUUUAAAAUUUCUUAGCCUCUUCAACCUUCGAAAUGACUCCAAUUCAACUUUUUAUCACGGGCUGAAGUAGUUGAGAUACCAACUAAAAUCGGUGUUUUCAACUGAAACUACUAUAUGUUUUUAUUGGACCACCCUGUAUACCAAUUUUCAAUGUCGAAUCGGUGAAGCAGAAAAUUGCACUAGUAAUAUUUUAAAUGUGGAACUGUACAAAACUAGAUAACGAAACGUUUUCUUUUAUUGAUUCUAUAGACAAAGUUAUCAAGUUAUAAGAUCUUCAAAAUAGAGGAAAUAAAUUGUAGUUUCGAUGUUAUCUAGGACAUAUCAAAUAACUGGGGCUGGAAACAACAUAAAGUUCUACAUGGGCUUUUCUAGUUCUAGUAUCAUCAUAUGCGAAUCGAAAGAUUGAAAAAAUGAAUUGGAAAGCUCAAAUUGGAUUUUACCAGUGAGAUGGGAUGGAAAAUUUUCAAAUUCCUCUCGCGUAAUAUUUUACAGCGAAGCCUCCUAUAUUACUGGUAACAUUUGAAGCGCAUAAAGGCUGAAAUCUAUAUUGAUUUAUAAGAUUAUUUUAUUUUUGAGGAUUUUUAUCUCAAAUCGUAUACUGAGUGUACAAAUUCAUAGCAGAAAACGGUUGUGGGAGUGGUUAGAAAAAAAAAUUGAUAAGUUUUGUACGUAUUUUUGAAUAUAAAAUCGAACCGAUAUUUCUGCGAUGGAUUUCAACAAACUUGCUAAGCAUUUGUCACAAAAAUGAAUUUGUUUGAAUGUUAUUGUUAACAAAGUGGGUUUUCCACCUCAAUUUUACAGAUGUUUGAUGGUUUUUGACUAGAACGGCUAUGAUGACUUUGGAGUCACACGAUGAAAAUUUCGCAACUUAGAUAUAUUAUAUUUAAUUAUCAAAUCUAGAGAAUAUCUGUUUUCUCUUUCGAAUCAAAGUGGAAAACUUGAACACGUUGACUUUGUUGCAAGAAACAAUUCAUCGCAUUUUGAUAAUUGGGUACAUGUCAGUUAACAAAGUCUUCCAUUUAGAACAAAUAAUUAAUUUUAAGAUGUUGAAUUCGCCCAAUCGGAUCAUACAGAUUAUUGCGAAUCCUAACAAUUGAAAGUUAUGCUUAGGGAGUAAUUUUUGUAUUUCUGACAAAGGCUUGCAAUAGUCAGCGUAACAAUAGGUGAAUAUUCUUUUAGUUUGUUGGAAAAACUUUGUUGGGACUCGCAAUUUUCUGUUUUUUUUGUCCAAGGGAGAUUAUAUCCAUAUGUAUGUAAAUAAAAUAACCUGUAGGUAUAAUAUAUUCAAUAAUAUAAAUAUAGGAUCAGUCGUAUAAUAUACCUAUAAUUUGUCAGAUGUGGAUUGUCUAAUAUUUAAAUGUACUCUGAAUCUUUCCCUAUCUUGAAUAAAUCGCAUAGUUUUAAUACUUCGAAUUAAAAUUUUUGAAUGAUAUUAAUUCUCGAGUUUGUUGCUCUUAAUUUUGUUUAACUGUAUAUGUCAUUUAUUCUGAUUCUUCAAUAACAUUUACUUGCUUCAUAUUGGCGGUUCAUGGAAGAAUUAUGUUCG